AUGCCACCGUUCCAUUGUAUAUUUUGUUCAAUCAUUUGUGAUAAGGAUCACGAUGAUGCAUAUGAUAUUAAACUCGCACAAAAACCUGGCAAAACUUCUGAACAAUAUCGAAAGAGGCUGCUUGCUAAGGAAAGACAGAAGCAUUAUAUAAAAAAGCGAAAAAUUAAUAACAUAGAAGCAAUCGCAUAUAAGGGAAGCAUCGAAUCUAUCGAAUCCAUUAAACACCUAGAUUACAAACCGGAAUCGGAUGUUGCUAUCAUUAUAACUAACGCCAUUAAUAAUAAUAUUAUAUCGGAAAUUGAUGCUAAGAUUCAGGUUAAUCAAGAAUGUUAUAAACUGGAAAGGAUAGAUCAGACAUGUAUUCAUUGUGACGCCAAGUUUUGGAUAGAAGAAAAAAAUCAGAGUAGUAGCAAAAAAUCUUCAAAAUUUUCGAUUUGUUGUGCCCAUGGAAAGGUUCACUUACCAUCCUUAUCUGAGCCGCCACCAUAUUUACUGGACCUCUAUACUUCAGUUGGAUCUGAUGGAAAUUCAUUUCACAAGAACAUCAGAAGCUAUAAUAAUAUCUUAGCAUGUAUGUCGUUUGGAGCUAAUAUAAUUAAUGAGUUUCAGGAACGUGGUGUGUCUAAUUUCCGGAUUCAUGGCCAAGUUUAUCAUAGUGUUGGACCGUUACUGUCCAAAGAAGGAUGCUCUUCAACGUUUGCCCAAUUAUAUAUCUAUGACACUGUGCAUGAAAAUGAAAACCGAUGUAAUAUUGUGCAGGGGUUAAAUAAGGUUAUUCUAAAGAACUUACAGGACAUGCUAGAUGAAUGUAAUCCAUAUAUCCAAAAAUUUCGUCAGGUGAGGGACCUCAUCCAGGAAAAUGUAACGAAUGAAAUUACAAUGUUGAUUCACGGUGAUCGAACACGGGAUCCCCGUCGGUAUAAUACUCCUAAUGCCUCUGAAGUAGCAGCAAUUAUGAUUAGUGAUGGUCAUAAAGUAGAUUUAUCUAAUCGAGACAUUCUUCUUAGGUCAUGUGGUGGCGGUCUACAGAGAAUAUCAGAACUUUGUCCAUCUUACGAUCCACUUCAUUAUGUACUAUUAUUUCCGGGUGGCGAUAAUGGUUGGCAUAUAGAUAUACCUCUUAAGGAGGCUAAAAAAAGAGAGAGAGUAAUGGCAAUGCAGUUUUAUUCUUACAGACUACAGAUUAGAAAUAGCAUAAUACUUAGAGGGCAAUUGUCAGAUCUUAUCGAUUUUGUUUAUCCAAACUUAGUUGAAAAUUCUGGCAAUAUGAACUAUAUGAUUGGCAAAGCCAUUUUAACUCCAAAGAACGACGAAGUUGAAAAAAUCUCUGACCUGAUUAUGAACUAG